UGACUCGCGUACCUACACCUCGUGCAGAGCGCGUGAACCGCUAUUUCCGCGCGCGCGCGAAAGCGUUUUCGACCUACGUUCGUUUAUUCUAUAUAAAUAUAUUCUGAUAUAUCGAUAUAUUAUGUGACGUCGUUUUUUCUUUUGCUGCUGUGCUUUUUUCUGAGGACUACAGGGUGUAUCAAAGGGAAGGGCUUCAUGAGACCGCUCAGAAACUCGAGCCGAUAAUAAAGCCGCGAAGAUGCAGAUAAGAAGAGCACGUCGAGGGGACGUCGAGCGAUGAAGCGUCGUAAAGUCGCAGAAAGUAGCUUAGCCCGUCACCACUUUCCCGCAUCUUUGUAGUAACACGUCAGUUGCAUCUAGCAAGAAUCAAACAAGCGUCCGACAUGAGUUCGACAACCGAAGCGAUCAGCGACGUCAAGGGCUCGGAUGCCCGGCGAAAGCUCAUCAACAUCAACCUUAUCUCUCUCAAGUUCCUGCUCUUCUUCUUCUUCGGAGGAAUGGGCUGCCUCCUACCGUUCCUGCCACUGCACAUGCUGGCGGUGGGUCUGACGGCGCAGGAGAUCCGACUGAUCUCGAUGAUAGCCCCAGCCGUGGCCAUCCUGGGACCCCUGAUCGCGGGUCCGCUCGCCGACCGCGUAGCCGCUUCUCGCUACCGACUGCAGUCCAACGGCUUGUCCGACCAGAAACCGGCCCAGCCGAGCAACGGCCGAUACCUUCGCAUCAUGAUCGCCGUCUGCUGCGUCUUCUCCGCGCUCUUCUACGCGCUGCUUCUCGUGGUCCCAGUUGUCAAGAGGGUCGACCUGCCACACGAGCUCCGACCUUCGGUCAGGUUUUCGUGCGACGAACGAGGCGCUGUUGUUCACCAAGAAAGGUGUCGCGACGCAAUCGGCUGUCACCGCUGGUCGAACGAGGACCUCGUCGGAAGCCUCCGUCUGGAAAAAUGCGACUACGCCUGCUACCCGUUGGAUGAAAAACGCCGCAGGGAGAAAUUUCCCCCAUCCCAGACGGAAGCGUCCCCGGUGAACGUAAUCCCACUUUCCACCGAGGCCAUUCUCUUGGAGAAUCCGGCGGCGCCUGUAGAUGGACCAGAAGUCGAGAGUAGCGGCGAACUCGGGGUCAUACCCUUAGAUACGACCACCGAGACGGCGACUGCGCCUCCUGCGAUUGGCAGAGAGCCGAGAUCCAGUAAAUCUCGUCGCUACGUGAUGCCAAAGAGCGAAUCCCCUCACGUCUGCUACGACGGCACGGGUGGCUACACCGUCUGCCACGUGUUCACCGAGUCUCGGGACAGCCUCGUGGUAAACGCGAGCUUGCGCCAAGCUGUCAACCCCGAGGACAUUGACGAGUGGUGCGCUUAUCCGGUAGCCCAGUUCUUCGACUGCAGGAUACCCGCCGACAUUCAGAGCUCGAUGGCGAGGCUCAAUCAGAGCUGCCUCAUCGAGUGCCUACUCGAGAAUCCUUACGAUGUGGAUCGAGAGCGGAACACGACAGACUUUCAAAUCGAAGACAGCGUGUUGGCGGAGAGCCAGUGCCGGCAGGUGAUCGGUAACGAGCAGCUGACCUUUUGGAUGUACCUGGCGAUACGUUGUCUCGCCGAUAUCUUCCCUACGGCUGCAGUCGCCCUCAUCGACGCGGCCAUUGUCAUCGCCACGAGGGAAACUUCCACUGGUCGCGGCGACGUAGGACGACAAUUGGCUUUCGGUUCGCUGGGCUUCGCGAUAUUCGGCCCUCUGAGCGGCUACCUGACGACUCUUCUGCCCCAGCCAAGCGCCUCGUACUACGCGCCUUUGGCACUCCACGGACUCCUGGUGCUGUUGGCCGGUUGCAUAGCCCUAUCCUCGGACUCGAUGCCUCUCAGUCCACCCGAAUGGUGGUGGCACACUCGCAGCGGUAUGCUCGCUCUGCCCAUGAGUGCCGUGAGAAAGUACGGCGGUGAGACGGCCGCGCUAUUUAUCGUUCUCAUUCUGGCCGGAGCACUUUGGAGCACUGUGGACAGCUACCUGUCAAUACACCUGGUAAACUUGAAGGCAGACGAACUGUCAAUCGGCCUGGCUCUAACGGUAGGUGCCUGGCCGGCGGUGCUGUUUCUCUGGAAGUCCGAGCACCUAGUCGAUUACUGCGGACACAGCAAUCUUCUCAUCACUGCUUUCAUUAUUUACAUCGUCAGGUUCACGGGUCUGAGCAUAGUUCCCGACGUACUGUGGGCCUUGAUCUCUCAGGCUCUGGAACUUUUUACCCUUGGAAUAAUGUGGGUCACAGCUAUACUAUAUUUCCGGCACCUGAUCCCACGGCAAAUGACAACGACCGGUCAAGCGCUUCCUGUCAUAGCUCACUUUUGUAUUGGUCGUGCUAUCGGGGCGGUGAUUGGCGCCUGUAUCGACAAGUUCGAGGGCUACGACGACGUGGAGUCAAUGCGCAAAAUAUAUAAAUGCAUGGCGAUAGCCGCGGCAGCUAUCGCUACCCUGUACUUUGUACUCUAUCACGGAAUCCUCAAGCCGAGAUGUCACGGCCAAUCGGUACAGGGUGGACAAAGGCAACCGCCGACCAUCGUCCAAGCGAUGAAUGGCAACGGUAACUACACGCCUCUGAGAGUUUACCACAAUGGUAUGGGACGAAAAGGACAAUUCCGAUAUUGAAAUGAAGACGGUGACUCUAUCAACUGGAUUGAAGCUUUUUUGCAUUUAUCGCCUAAAAAUUUAUUUUUUUAUACUAUGCGAAUAGAAUGAUUCGACACCACUUUCACACAUUGAUACGCUAUAAAGCCCAGUGAUUUUUAGACGGUCGAUUAAUAUAUUAUAGUGUAAAUGUACGAUUAAAUAAAAUGAUAAACUAUAAAGUUUCUUACGAAAA